CCGCUGCCCCACAGAUCAUCUCACUGAACCCCUUUACCCACCCACUCUGGACAGACUUAAGAGUGGUGAGAGUGCAGGAGGUGUGGUGUGGGUGGAGGGCUUGUGGUUGCAGCUGCCGCUUUUCCUGAACCCCAGAGCGGGACAGUCGGGGAUCUGAGCAGAAAGGAAAGUCAUCUAAGAGGCUGCUGUUUUACAAGGUCUGGGCACAGCGCUGCCCCUCCCUUCCUCCCUGAAGUUUGCAUGAAGUGCACGUUAGGCUGUAAUUAGGGGAUCUGGUAGGAGAACUUGCCUGGUGACGCUUUGCUUUUCUUCUGCUCUUGGUGAGAAAGUGCCUCCUUCUUCCCAGGAUCAGGACCUCUGCCAUCCAGAGCCACAAAGAGACAUUCUGCACACACACACACUCACACACGCGCACACACACUCUCCCAGAGACAAACUUAAGGUGAGGGGAAAGAGCGCUAGCUUCACUUGAUCUCCAGGUUCCAACAUCAGCAGGACUUGAGAGCAUCUGCGCUUUCUGGAUUUCAGGAAAAGUGAAGAAGAUUCUUUGGGCUACAAAGAUGAAGAGCCUACUUCUUCUGGUGCUGAUUUCAGUGUGCUGGGCUGAUGAUCGUUCGAACAACUAUACUAUGGAUCAUAACGGAGUUAUUCACAUCCAAGCAGAAAAUGGCCCCCGUCUAAUUGUGGAAGCAGAACAAGCCAAGGUGUUCUCACGCAGAGGUGGCAAUGUUACACUGCCAUGUAAAUUUUAUCGAGACCCUACAGCAUUUGGCUCAGGAAUCCACAAAAUCCGAAUUAAGUGGACCAAGCUAACUUCAGAUUACCUCAAGGAAGUGGAUGUGUUUGUUUCCAUGGGAUACCAUAAGAAAACCUAUGGAGGCUAUCAGGGUAGAGUAUCUUUGAAGGGAGACAGUGACAACGAUGCUUCUCUGGUAAUCACAGACCUCACCCUGGAGGAUUAUGGGAGAUACAAGUGUGAGGUGAUUGAAGGAUUAGAAGAUGAUACUUCUGUGGUAUCAUUAGAGUUACAAGGUGUGGUGUUCCCUUACUUUCCUCGACUGGGGCGCUACAAUCUCAAUUUUCAUGAGGCGCAGCAGGCUUGUCUGGGCCAGGAUGCCGUGAUUGCCUCCUUCGACCAGCUGUAUGAUGCGUGGCGGGCUGGGCUGGACUGGUGCAAUGCCGGCUGGCUCAGCGAUGGGUCUGUGCAGUAUCCCAUCACAAAGCCCAGGGAGCCCUGUGGAGGACAGAACACAGUACCCGGCGUCAGGAACUACGGGUUUUGGGAUAAAGAUAAAAGCAGAUAUGAUGUUUUCUGUUUUACAUCCAACUUCAAUGGCCGUGUUUACUACCUGAUCCACCCCACCAAGCUGACCUAUGAUGAAGCGGUGCAAGCUUGUCUCAAUGAUGGUGCUCAGAUUGCGAAAGUGGGCCAGAUAUUCGCUGCCUGGAAACUUCUCGGCUAUGACCGCUGCGAUGCGGGCUGGUUGGCGGAUGGCAGCGUCCGUUACCCCAUCUCUAGGCCAAGAAGGCGCUGCAGUCCCACCGAGGCUGCUGUGCGUUUCGUGGGUUUCCCAGAUAAAAAGCAUAAGCUUUAUGGUGUCUAUUGCUUCAGAGCAUACAACUGAGCGUGCCUGUAGAACACGUCAGUUUUAAAGUCAGAGAAACAUGUGAACGGUUUUUUUUGUUGUUGUUGUUGUUUUCCAAUAUGAACUCAUGCAAGUUACCAAAACUGUGAUAACCCUUUUUUACUUACUGUAAAGAGUCAUUUUCAUAAAGUCCAAUUCAUUCAUUUGUUUUUGUAAAGCUAUCAUUCAAUAUAUAUUAUAAAUUAAUAUAAUUUAAGGGAAGCGCUACAUAAGGAGGCUUUAGAACCAAACGGUUGAAGGUACAACAUCCCAACAAAGCAUUCUUUUGUGAAAGGGGCGUGCCAUAGCUUGAGGAUUGCUAGGGUUACACCGGGAAAAUAAAGCUACUCAGAGCAGCAGCUUCCACAAGCACAAAUUUUACAUAUUUGUACCAUUUUGGAACGCACUACAAUACAUAAAUUAUAGCAACAGGUUUGAAAAAUAGACUUCUUUACAUAAACUCAGAUGGAGAGGUUGCACAAAACUCAGUUUCACAAGGGAACAAUCUACACUUUUCUAAAAGUUAGUAUUUCAAGUCUCCAAUAGCUAGAAUGUCUUACUCUUUAAAAUCUUGCCUUUUUGACCAAAAAAGAUGAAAUUUCAUAUGGAGUCCAACGCAUAGUAAUAAUAAGCACAGUUAAACUCCUUAACGGUCCCAUUUAUAUGAAAUAUGAAACUUAAAUAAGCAGAUAUUUAACCAAUGAGAGAAUCCUACCUUCUAAUUAAAAUGACACUUGUCUGAGAAGAAUUGUUUUAUCUUUCGAGUAGCUUUACUGAGUUAUAUUUAAAAUCUAAGGGCCGUUUGCUAAGCCGCAUUUAGCAUCUACUCAGGGCAGUUAUAUAGAUAAACUGCUGGACAGAAAAAUUGUAAAAUUUAGCAGCUUGAUUUUAUGUUAGCUUAUGAAAUGUUAGUGUCCUAGAAAAAUAACUUUAUACUAUUUAAUAUUUCUUUGCUAUUUACAUUACAUAAAAAAAUUAAAUCAUAAAAG